UUUGAUGUCAGCUGUUUGCUGACCAAAUGGAAAUCAGUGAUUUGUUACCACGAAAUUUUGCGUUCAUUUGCACUGCGCUGAUUCGAUACUUUAUCUUGUUUUCUUUUAAAAAAUUGCUGUUUGUUUUGUCAGUAGUUAGUAUAAUUAGUGAAAAUUUACAAAUUUAUUUAUCGAUUAAGUCCUAACACAUUGCUUAGAUCAACCGCCAACUAAAUAUCUAUCCUACCACCACAUCAUGAACAGCUUAGGAUGGACGUUAAUAAUGAAAAGAGGUUGUCUCUUCUGCUCCAAAGAGACGGUACUCAUCAAAGGCACUAAAUAUAUUAUACGCGAUCGACUGGCGCAGGGUGGAUUUAGCUUGAUAGACUUGGCGGAAAAUGCUAUAACACACAAACUGUACGCGGUGAAGCGCAUCACUUGUCACAGCAUCGAUGACCAAAAUAUAGCAUUGCGUGAAAUCGAGAAUUGUCAACGUAUCGAUUCGGAAAACGUAAUCAAAGUUAUAGACUAUGAGCUAAAAGGAUCUGCUGAUAUUGUCAUCAAUACAACGAGUGACCUGUACAUAGUGCUACCCUACUAUAAAAAUGGCUCACUGGCAGAUCAUUUGCAGAUGCGCGCGCGCAAGGGCGAUUAUAUGUCGGAAGCGCAAAUACUACAGGUCUUCCUUGGCAUCUGCAAUGGUGUAAGAGCGAUACAUGAAACAAAGCCAGUGCCGCUGGCACAUCGCGACCUUAAGACUGCAAAUAUUUGUUUGUCUGACACCUUUGAACCGAUAAUUGUCGAUUUAGGCUCCAUGACUGAGGCGCGUUUACAAAUAUGUGGGCAGAGUGAAGCACAGCGACUGCAGGACGAAGCAGAGGAACGUAGCUCAAUUGUGUAUCGUGCACCAGAGUUAUUUUCUGUAAAGUCAUAUUCCACUGUAGAUGAACGCACAGAUAUUUGGAGUCUUGGUUGCGUACUUUAUGCAACGUGUUUUUUCCACUGCCCCUUUGAUUCGGUGUAUGAGAAAGGUGAUAGUGUGGCUUUGGCGGUACUGAACGGUAACAUCAACAUUCCUGACAAUUCCAUAUAUUCAGAAGAUAUGCACGAUUUAAUUAAAUAUAUGCUUCGUAUGGAUCCCAUGGAACGACCAUUUAUAUAUAGUGUUAUUGAAAAAACUCAAGAUUUAAUACAUAAGUUAGAUGAACGUGUUUAGCAAAAAUAGAAAAACUACAAUUGUUAAACUUUUAUACACUUCGUAUGCCAUUCUGACCGAAAUUAAAAAAAAAAAAAAACUUGAUUAUAAUAAGAUAAU